CCCCCCUUUCGCCCAUUUUACAACGACCGACAGUGUGUCUAGAUGUGAAUUACUAUUUUCAUAAUAAAAAUAUUUCCAAUUACACUUCUAAAUGAAAUAUGAUGGUGGUUUUAUUUUUUCCUUUAAUAGGUUGAGAUCGUCUGUGAUCUUCAUCGGCAAGAUGAGGUGGACUCAAUCUUUGCUGACGUCAUACUGCCUGUUGGUGACGUCAUGGGUCUCUGGUGAGCGUCUCGGUACCCCGAUAAAGAACAACCCUGCAGCGAGUGUGACGUCAGCACCUCCCGUCAUUGACCCCAACAAACCAGCGAGCAGCCGAAAGUUCCUGUUCCACUCGCAGCUAGACGAGAACUAUGACCUGUUCUGGGACUUCAACGACACACACAUCACCUUUGAGACUCUCGUCAAAACCAAUGGCUACAUUGGCUUUGGUAUCUCUGACAGCGGCAGUAUGUUCCCUUCUGACGUCAUUAUCGGAUGGGUCAAGGACGGACACAACCACUUUUCGGACCGCCACGCCAAUGGUCACUUCAUGCCGGCCAAGGACACAGUCCAGCACUGGCUGCUCCUGGGAGGGAUGGAGCAAGGUCAGUACACCAGGUUGACCUUUGUGCGGCCUCUGGACAGCUGCGACAGCCAGGACAAACCCAUCAAGGCCUUUGACUACCCUCUGAUCGCUGGUCAGUCCAUGGGCACGGCCGGAGACCCGGGAUACUUCAAGAUGGAGACUCACUACGACAAUCCGGACAUGAGAGCGGACUUUGUGGAUAACUCCGGAAUCCGUAUUUUCCUGACGCAACAGCUCCGCACUCAUGACGCGGGUGUCCUGGAGGUCGGCGUCAACGUAGACCCCUAUCAGAUCGUGCCCCCGAACAACCCGAGCUUCCUGUCCACCGGCCACUGCCACCCGAACUGCUUGUCUGAGGGUCUGGGCGGACAGGAGAUCCGUGUGUUCUCCAACCUCCUCCACGCCCACCUUAUCGGGGUCAAACUGAGGACACGUCACUUCCGGAACGGUGUGGAGCUGCAGCCAAUCGGCGAAGACAACAACUACGACUUCAACUUCCAAGAGCAGCGCUACCUUCCGCAGGAGAGAGUUGUCAAAGCCGGUGACUAUCUGGUGACGGAAUGUGUCUACGACUCCAGAGGACGGGCCGGCCUUACACUCUGCAGGCGAUGA